AUGCAGACAUACAUAUUUGUGUUGUUCGUCACAGUAUAUUUAAUUCCGGAGUCCUUGGCAAAAGCCAAAAGAUUUUCCAGACUGCAGACAGAUCCGUUGUCGAAAACACGUUGUGAUUUGGUAUGCUUAGAUGCCAGCAAGGAAACUAGAUCGCAGUGUCGUUCAACAUGCCGUUCCGAAGAACGGAAGCCGGGUACGUGUCCGGAAGGAGACUUUCCUCGAUGGAUGGCAGCCUGCGUAGAAGCAUGCAACCAGGACUCGCAAUGUACUGGCACACAACGUUGUUGUAAACUCGGAUGCAGUUCUAUGUGCAGCGAACCUAUUGAUCUACUUACUGUACCAGGCUUGCCAGCUCUACCAGUGAUUGAAGAAGCUAAGGAAAGGCGAAGAGCGAUCCAAAUAAAAUGGUCAGAUGGCGUUGGUGAUGCAGCAAGAGCUGUACCGGGGCGAGUUCUUUACAUCUUGGAAGAACAACAUCAUUUAGGUCCUAAAUAUGAAGAAGCGAGGCUUGGUGAUUGGAAUCUUAUAUUAAGAACCAAUAAGACUAAAGUGUCUCUUAAAAAUCAAUUAAAGCCAGGGCGGUGGUAUCGUUUUCGAGUAGCUGCCAUUAGUGCAUCUGGUACACGUGGAUAUUCUACACCAAGUGCCCCGUUUACUCCAAGAAAAGGACCCAGGCCGCCACCGCCACCAAAAAAAUUGAAAGUCUUGCCAAUUCGAUCGAACAAUAAUACGGUAACAAUACGUCUGGAAUGGAAGGAGCCGCGAUCUGAUUUGCCGGUUAUGCGCUACAAAGUUUUCUGGAGCAGACGAGUUCGGGGCUUAGGAGGAGAAUUAGAUUCUGUUCUUGUUAAUCAUCAAACCGUUCCAAAGGAACAAACUUACGUCGAAAUUAGUGAUUUACAACCGAAUUCAAUGUAUUUCUUACAAGUACAGACUAUCAGUAUAUUCGGCCUCGGAAAACUUCGCAGUGAAAAAGCAGCAAUUUUCUAUAACACAACGAACGCUACAGAAGGAAAUGCGCCAGAGGCUCUUACAAGGAGAAAGGAUGAGAAAAUUAUUACAGGUGUAAAAUUAAAUAAAUUUAUAUGGUUGGACCAUAAAAUAAAAGCAAAAAUUUCAUGGCAACCCACACUAGCAGCUAAAGGACAUCGGAGACGAUAUUACGUUCACUGGAAAACAAUAUCAUGUCAACAUCCCAUUAAGGAGCUAAAAGAAUUAUCGGCAAUAACAGAGCAAAACUCAUUCGAAAUAUAUGAAUUAGAUUAUAGGUGUAAAUACAGAAUAAACAUCAACAGAUCAUGGAAAACAAAAACACCAGACUCCGAAUUUGUUUUAACUGUUCCUGAAUGUAAUUAUUUUAAGAAAAAAGUAACAUCUGCCAAUGUUAAUUGUAAGCCC